CCAACUGGAAGGAGGUCCUGCAGAAGUACAUUGACCCUGAGCAGAUCCCAGUGGAGUACGGGGGCACCCUGACGGACCCCGACGGGGACCCCAAGUGCCCAAGCAAGAUCAACUACGGGGGGGACGUGCCCCAGCACUACUACGUGCGGGACCAGUGGCAGUUCAAGUCGGAGGGAGCCGACGUGGGUUUCGGGGUGUACCUGAAAACCAAGAUCGGGGAGCGGCAGCGGGCGGGCGAGAUGGCCGAGGUCUACCCCAACCAACGCUACAACUCCCACAUGGUGCCCGAGGACGGCUCCCUCACCUGCUCCACACCCGGUAUCU